CGUAACCCCCCCCCCCCACCACUACGACCACUGGUACUAGGGAAAAAUGUCCUAUUACACCUAAAACAUUUGUGGGAGGGGAGAAAUGUUCAUUUACCGUACAGAAGACAGAAUUACUAAACUCCAUAAACCAUAAGUUAUAAAUUAUAAUAUUAUAUAAUAAAUAAUAAGAUAAUAUACUAAAUGUCUAAUAAUCAACACAGAAGUAGAAUAGUUGUAGAGGAAACGUCACGUCAAGACUUCAAGAGUGUAAAAAUUGUAUCUCAUAUUCUCAUAUUCUCAUAAUUUUAUUAUUAUUAAAUCGUGUGAUCACACGACACACAAUAUAUGACGUAUACUCUAUGGUUCACACUGACCGUGGUUCAGAAUUGAGAUUAGGUAACCAUUCCUACCACGAUAUGUACUUUUAACCGUGGUAGGCACAACUAUUGAACUAUACGUCACGAUGCCUAUUUUGGUAACAUCCCUGUCAAUUUUAUUAGCAAAGUCAUAAAUCAUUAUAGAAUAUAGAUGUACACUUAUUCGUAUGUUCUAUUUUGUACGCGUCACUGUGUCAACGGCCCACCACAUUUAUUGCAGUAGAAUAGUAUCGGCAUAAAUUCUAAGUUCAAAAUCAUGUUCCGCAAAUUCCGUCCAAGGAUGUUACAGAAUCAAGUUCUGCAUUUACGUGGUAAGAAGGAUGGAAAUGGAAAACAAGAGAAGCCCAAACAGCAAAAACCAGAGUGCGAGUGUAUUUGUCCUCCAGUACAUUACAGAAUACUCACUAUGGAUGAUAUGCAAUUGCCGUAUGGUAAUUGGAAAGAACAAUAUCAAAGAAGAAACAAAAAAUACAAUUUAAUAUUUUUGUUUGGUUUGGUUUCAUUGAUUGGUUCUAUUGCAGUUCUAAACAAAUUUGUAUUUUUUAAUGCAUUUCCACCUCCCUAUCCCUUUGAUAAACAAGAUAUAUUUGAAUGUGUUGAUGAUGAUGAAGAUGGUGAAUUUGAAUGUGAAUGUGAAUGUUAACAUGAAAAUGUUGGUAACUGAUAAUAUUUUUAAUUGUUAUCUAAAUCUAUUGUAAUUACGAUUUUUAUUUUGUCAUGAAAUAAAAAAUACUAUUUCAUGUCAAAAUAAACAUUGUAUUAAGAUUUGUUUUAUGUAAAACAUAUUAUAUACAAAACUUAUUAUAUUAAAAACUCUUUAAACC